AUUUUCUAUCACAGAGUGUAAGCACAUACAUGAAUACAAACUAGCCUCUGUGAGAGAACAAGAAGCGUUGAAAUACUGAAAUUUUCUCAUAAAUUGUGCUGAUUGAGCUAGCUUAUUGUGCUAUAGAAAAGUGCUAUAGUGCUAUAGAAAAGUGCCAGAAAUUCAUCCGCUGUGCAGGAAAUUCUUCUAAUGUGCAGAGGCUGGCAUAAUCUUUUACGAAGAAACGAAGCGGCAAAAAUACAUAAAACAAUAAUUCCUGGAAAGUGGUUUUGAAUCAACCAAGAAUAUGGCGAACAACCCCGAGUUGGAAAAAACUCAAAGCAGUACCCGCAGCAAAUGUAACCUCUGCGAGGCUUCAUUCGUAACGCGAGCCCUGUUGGCUCGCCACAUAAGCAAUGUGCACGAGCGAGUCAAGCGCUAUGACUGUGGGCAUUGCAGCGCAGCGUUCAACUCGCAGAAAAAUUUUACGCUACACCGAACGGUUCACGGUCCGAGGCCUUUCAAAUGUCCCAAGUGCUGUUUGGUUUUUCGGCGGCGUGCCACUUUGAUGGGUCAUAUCGAGCAGCACUACGAGAAUGAAGAUCACAUUUGUGUGGUAUGCAAAAGGCAAUUUUUGAGUGCGGCCGAGCUGAGAAUUCACGUGUACGAAGGUCACGAAGAAAAGUCGGCUUCUCCACAGAAAAAGUCCAAGAAUACCGUUGGUCAAACAAAUGAAAAAAUAAAUUACAAAUGCACUUUAUGUGAGAACAAGAUAUUCACUAAGAAAAGUUUGUUGGAGAGACAUUUUUUGAUCCACACCAAGCAGAAACCAUUUGUGUGCGAUAUCUGUGGAAAAACAUUCAACCAGAAAAGCACCCUAAAAACUCACUGGGCAGUGCAUACUAAAAAUCGCGACUUUAUGUGCAUGCUGUGCGGACUAAAAUUUACACAAAAAGUGAAUCUCCGUGUGCACACGAUGCGAGUCCAUCCGAAGCGAAAUAUAGCCACAUUAACGGACCGAUUGCCUUGCCCCUAUUGUCCGUGUCUGUUCAAAAAACUGGGCAGCUUGAACGCCCACAAAACAAAGGUUCAUGCAGUCUUGUUGGAGCAGACUGAACAAAGUAAUGACCCGAACCAAGUUGAAGAGGAAGUUGUCCAAAUUACUGCUGUAGAACAGCAAUCUGAAGGAACGGAAGCACGGUCAGGAAUCGUAUAUCAGUGCAAUACCUGCGAGGGUCCGACACUUUUCGACAGUAUUGGCCAACUGGAGCGUCACCUGAAGGAACACGAAGACGAUCAAAAGCGAAGUCCACCGCAGACGUCGGAGAUCGUGCAAUCGGUAGUUCCUUGCCGUACGAAAACCCACCUGGAGGGCUACAGUGAGAAGAGACGUUUUGAAUGCACUAUCUGCAAAGCAGCAUUCAAGCAGUCUAGCCAUCUCAAGCAGCACCUGAAAUCACAUUAUGGUAUCAAAGGCAAUCGGUGUGAGAUUUGCAACAAAACAUUCACCACCAACCACACCUUAAAAGUGCACCGUGCAAGUCACAAUCAGAACUCGCAGCUAAAUUACAAGUGCGACAAAUGUCUCACUAGUUUCAGUUUACACUCAAGCUUAGUUCGACACAACAAACUGCACGAAAAUCCGGACCGCAGUUACUCCUGCCCGUACUGUCCACGAGUCUUCAAAUGGUUGCAGAACUGCAACACUCACAUCAAAACCCAUCACGCGACCGACAUGCUUAAGCUAACUGAUCUAAACAAAUUAACUUCUAACGUAGAAAUGACUGAUAGAUUUAGUGAUAGUAACGACCUGCUAGAAAACCCCUUUUUAAGUAGUGAUGAUUUGGUUGAGCAAAAUGAAGCUGUGAAUAAUUUGACGUCCGCAAUGCGCAACGUAGCAAAUUGUAUUGUUAAAAUCGAUAAUGAAUUUUACGAAAUCCCGGUACAAAUAGAUACUAGUCAGAUUCCCAACGACGACGACGAAGGCGAUAUCCAAUCAAAUAUCAAUGAAUCUCCCAACAUAGUUCCUGACCCGAUGGUUUCCUUUCAAUCGGAUAUCGAUGAAUCUGCUGAGCAACAAAACAGUGAAAACAAUCCUACAUUCCAAAUUAUUAUAGACGAUGGAACGCUUUAUCAGCUUAUAAAUGAAGGUACCGAAAUUGCCAUCCUACCGGACGAUGCAAUGAUCAGUGCAACAUCUGAUCAAGAUGAUGAUGAUGAUAAUGUCGCCCAUCGCGUUGAAGAUUCGAAAAAAAACUCAAACCAAACCGAGGAGGAUUUAUUUUCGGAUUUCGUCGAAGAUGGUCGCAAAAGGUUUCGCUGCAAAGGAUGUGAAAAGGUUUUCAAAAAACCAAUCGACUUGAGGCGACACAUUCGAACGCAUACGGGGGAACGUCCAUUCAAAUGUUCCCACUGUUCGAAAACCUUCGCUCUCAAGGCGAUCCUGCAGUCGCAUGUGAAAACGCAUGAAAAACGCCAAAUGUUGCCCUGCCCGGAGCCUGGCUGCAAGGGAAAGUUUUCGAGCAAAACCAGCCUGGAUAUGCAUCGCCGAUUGCACACCGGCGAUCGGCCCUUCAAGUGUACCGUUUGUUCGCUCACGUUCCGCACCUCCGGGCAUAUGCAGUCCCAUAUGAACUCACACAAACGGCUGGCCAUGCAGCACGAAAUGUUGGAUAAACAGUUCGAGUUGCUACAGAAGUGGCAUAAGUCAAUGUGACGUGAGUGCUGUGAUAGCAAUGAUUGAACUCAGUGAACGAUAAUAAAGUUGAACAGUAUGAAAUAUUUAAUCUGGUGUAUAUAUACACAUGUAUUAUGAAUAAACGUUAGUUCCCUUAAAGCAG